AUGGAGGCACUCCGAGACUGUCUCUGCCUCGCAGACGUCCAGGAGGAAUUGGACAACUUUCCGGCAGACAUCACGGAAAUGUACACCCUCACCUUUCGUCGAAUCGAAGCGCAAGGACCUCGGUCAGCGAGAAUCGCGAAGACGGCUCUACUCUGGCUCGUUCACGCCCGAGAUCAAUUCACGCUUCGGGAUCUACAAGCUGCAUUGGCUGUCAACCCGAACACCUACAGCGUUGAGCUGAACCGAAUGCCGAGGAAACAAUCCAUUAUCUCCCUGUGCUGCGGUCUGGUGGAGCACCAUCCCGAAACAGAUGUCGUUCGCCUCGUUCACUUCACUGCCAAGGAUGCUCUUGAACCGCUGUUGCUCAAGGACCACCCCCAGCCCCAUCUACUCAUCACCAAAGUCUUACAUCAGCGACUCAUUGACAACAACAUCCUCGAUUCGACUCUGGACGACGAGGACGAGCUGCUGGAAUACCUGGAGGGACAACCUCUUCUUCAAUAUGCUUAUCAACGUUGGCCCGAUCAUGUCCGGGGUUGCAGAGAUUCUGUUGAAGUCGCUGCCGCCUUCCUCCAACAGUGUGUUUCAUUUGCCUACGUCGAUUUGUGGAUUUUCGAUAUCCUUUCGCCGCUACACGUUGCUGCUGCAUAUGACUUCCCGGAGUUCAUACAAGCUACCCUCGCCGAUCCAUGCAACCAACAAGCCGGGUCAUGUCUCGGUGUUCCAAUAGCCCAGGGUGUCGACAUCAACGCACACUCCAGGUUUGGUCGGACUGCGCUCGGUUUCGCGUCCAACAAAGGCCAUGUGGCCUGCGCAGAGGCACUUUUAGGAUGUCCAGACAUCGACGUCAACGCACCAGUUCCACUGACAGGUCAGACAGCAUUGAUGGAAGCCUCCCGGAUGGCACAGGAAGGGAUGGUAGAGCGUCUCCUCCGAGUCCCGGGGGUUGCGGUUAAUGCCCAGGAUAAAUCUGGUGAAACAGCGUUGAUGCAAGCUUUGCUGCGAAACUCUACAGGCAUUGUCAGACGCCUCCUCCAAGCUCCAGGCAUCGAUGUCAAUCUUCGAAACACAGUGGGACGGACAGCUUUGAUCAUCGCUGCAGGAUACGGCCACCUAGACGUUUUCGAGCAACUCCUUCAAGCUCCGGGAAUUGACCUUACAAUAAGGUGUGAUUUUAAGGGGUUCACGGCACUAGAGCAGGCCAUUUGGGUAGGCUGGGAAGGUGUCACUGCUCGAAUCAUUAAAUUUGCAACUGGAUGGGAGGUCAAGUUCGGGCGGCGACGCCGGGGAUGGAAGGAGCUAUUUUACGCGCUGAGGUCGGAACCUGAGAGGUUCCCACCUUGGUUUGUGACGGCAAUGUCCAAAAGACUGGCCAUGUUUGAGGGCGGAGAGGAGUGGUGGAGAGUCGAAAUUGAAGAGGAGUCUAGUGAUGAAAGUGAUACGGAGUGA